AUGGCAGCAGCAAUAAGCACAGUAACAAAAACAGCAUCAGUUGUCAAAACUACAAAAGGUAGUGAAAAAAAAUGGUCGGAAAUCUUAUCCAUGAAUCGUCGGCACGAUUUACAACUACCAAUGGAUAUAGCUAAGUAUGAUCAUGAUUUAAAACGAACAUUUAAUAUACAUCAACGUCAAAAAUAUCAUACUGAACGUACAUGGGCUAAUAAACAUGAAACAUGGUAUCAUGAUGAUGUUUCAUUUCGUGAUCAGUUUCUUCAACAAUUAAAGCCAAUAACAAGACGUUUUAAGCAUAUUGAUUCAUUAACACCGACGGAUAAUUACGGCCAACAACAAAAACAACAACAACAGGACGAACGAAUAUUAAAUGAUAGUGAAAUGGAACUUUUAUCAUCAACAAUAAUGACAACAUCAGAUAGAAAAGAGAAAUUUAUGAGAGAACUACCACCAUUGAAACAAAAUAAAAAACGUUCAACUAUUCGACAUUUUCAAAAUUAUUCUGGUGAAGAUAUUAUUCAAUCGAAUGGAGUUUUAUCAAAAUUACUUUGUCCAAAAAUAUUACAUGAAUAUGAACCAAGACUUUAUUCUCAUGCCCAUGCAUCAUUUUUAGACGUAGCUCAACGUUUCAUUAACCGUAAACCUGAAACCAUUGAAAAACGUGCUGAUAAUAAAAAUAAACAAAAACAACAGAAACAAUAUUAUAAAUUUCUCAUCGAUAAUGAACAAGAACGAACAAGAUUAGCCGCUGCGAAGUUUCAGCAGCGACUAGACGACGAUAAAAAUAAAGAAAAUAAUUAUAAUAAUCUCGACGAUGACAAGGAUAGUUAUUAUACAAGACCUUUUUAA